GGGGUGAGUAGCGAGGGUAUCCCGCCCAGCGCGGCUUCCCCUCGGCUCCCAGCGCUGCCCUCGCCCCGGUAUAAGGCUGAGUGCUGCAGGGAGAGCAUGUGUGAAGAGAGAAGCAAGGCUACAACAGCCCCAGGAAGCAUACUCAAGGUCAGCCUCUCUCACAGAAGACUGGGAGGUCACGUUUGAUUUAGAAGAAAUCUCGAAGAUGAUUUUCAUGAGUGACAUAACUGCAGCCAUUAGCAAACUCAUCCAAGAGCAAUCAUCCAUUAAAGGCACUCAGCCCUGGGGUAUAUUUGCCACCCUUCAGCACUGGAUGAAGCAGGCAGUGACUCCACCAGCAUGAAUAUGCCUGAGGUCGUCUUCUCUACAACCAGUGCUGCUCCAGCAGAUUGCUAGGAAAACAAUGAACAGGAGGAAACCUGGAAGCUUUUUGCUGCUGUGUUGAAUAUGGGAUUAUAAAAAAAAAUUGCAUCUGGAACAUCUCUCUAAAUGGAUGACUUCUGAACCUGCAACCCUUCAUUACCUGAAGCAGCACCUUCUUGCAUCCUGGAGGAGAAAAUGAAUUUCACAAAUUGUACCACUGAAGCCAGUGUGGCUGCAAAACCAAAAACAGUAACUGAAAAGAUGCUUGUUACUCUGACCUUGGCCACAAUCACAACCUUGACUAUGCUGCUGAAUUCUGCUGUAAUUGCAGCAAUCUCCACAACCAAGAAGCUCCACCAGCCGGCAAAUUAUCUCAUAUGUUCACUAGCUGUGACAGAUCUCCUUGUUGCUGUUCUCGUCAUGCCCUUGAGCAUCACUUACAUAAUGAUAGAUAAAUGGACUUUGGGAUACUUCAUCUGUGAGAUCUGGCUUAGCGUCGACAUGACCUGUUGCACAUGUUCCAUCCUUCAUCUGUGUGUCAUUGCCCUGGACAGGUACUGGGCAAUCACAGACGCUAUUGAAUAUGCCAGGAAAAGAACGGCAAAGAGGGCUGGGCUGAUGAUAGUCACCGUGUGGACUAUCUCCAUUUUCAUAUCAAUGCCCCCUUUGUUCUGGAGAAAUCACCACAGCAUCAGUAUUCCCAGCGAGUGUCGCAUUCAGCACGAUCACGUAAUCUACACUAUUUAUUCCACAUUUGGGGCGUUUUACAUACCCUUGACUUUGAUCCUGAUCUUGUACUACAGAAUUUACCACGCUGCAAAGAGCCUUUACCAAAAGCGGGGUUCAAGCCGCCACCUCAGCAACAGGAGCACAGACAGCCAAAACUCUUUUGCCAGCUGCAAGCUCACGCAGACAUUCUGCGUCUCGGACUUCUCCACGUCUGACCCGACCACAGAUUUUGACAAAAUUAAUGCGUCCGUGAGGAUCCCGCCUUUCGAGAAUGACUUGGACCUGGCUGGUGACCGGCAGCAGAUCUCCACGACACGGGAACGAAAGGCUGCUCGCAUUUUGGGGCUGAUUUUAGGUGCUUUCAUUUUGUCCUGGUUGCCCUUUUUCAUCAAGGAACUUCUUGUGGGUCUCCACAUUUGCACUGUCUCUCCAGAAGUAGCGGACUUCUUGACCUGGCUUGGAUAUGUCAACUCCCUCAUCAACCCUUUGCUGUACACGAGCUUUAACGAGGAUUUCAAGCUGGCCUUUAGAAAGCUUAUCAGGUGCCGGGAACAUACAUAAAAAUACUGGCAGAUGAUGAUGCUGAUGUGACUCCUAGCCUUAAAAUUGAGCAAAAUAAUUUGACUUUGUCACCAUUUCCCUUGAUAAAGGGGAUUUUUGUGUUUGCCUACUUGCUUGACUUAUCUUCAGCCUGUAAUUCAUUAUCCUGUUUUUUUAAUCUCUACUGUUAUUCAUGGUAAAGGGUUUGAAAUAAAAUUACUCUACAAAGGAAAAGAUUUUUUAGAAAUGAAACAACAAAAAAGAUAUUAUUACUAUUAGAUACUGAUGUUUAAGACAUUUUGUGUAAUCAAUGAUUCAAGAAGCAAACAACAAUAUUCACUUUUAUACUUCUUCCAUUUAAGAAUCAAACAUCUAAAUUGUCAUGCACGGUAUAAACUGAACCCCAUAAAUACAUAUUCAAAAAUUAAUAAACGCUUCGUGGUCAUGACAGCUGAACAACAAAUCUUUACUUUAAAUGGCAUUCUGUAACUGCCACUUUGAAGGAAAAUUACCACCAUUUCCAGCUUGGGCUGAAGCAGAAUAAACUAUUCCUUUCUUCAGGAAUACACUCCCAAAACAGAAAGCAAAGUUCAGUUCAUUGCAUCUGAAAAUUAAUCUCAUUUUUUAUUCCAAAGCAAUUAUUUAGGUGGCUCUUUUAUAUAAUAUUCCAUAUUUAUCUUUAAGGAGUUGGGCAGACACCUGUGCAGUUUGUUUGGGAAUUGAGAGGAUGCAGCUAGCAAGUGUCACACUUGUGAAACUAACUGCACAUCUGACUGCUCACACAUUUAAUACCAAUAACCCUAUUUCUUCAGGCUUUGUACUUUGCUUAGUUCUGGAGUGAUAUUAUUCACUUGUGGUACACUUUACCUGGGCCUUGUAGUGAACAACCCCAUGCAUUGAUUGAUCUUACCCCACCGA